CAUAAGUUAACCAUACUGGUUAAAACUGACAGUCAUCUGUUUUACAUAAAAAAUAUAGAAUUUGUAGAAAAUUGUUUCGUUUUUAAGCAUUAUUAUAUAUAAGUUCUUAUAAAAAAAUAUAUACAUCAUGGUUUUUCGUACUUUAAUCCUACAAGUCGGAGCUAAACGGGUUCCCCUAAUUAAAUUCCGCAAAGGCGGUUAUGAGACAAGCUCUGCCGCAGGCACAGCUGGAACAAAUCAGGCGAGUUAUAUUCAUCCAAUAUCUGUGGUCAAAGAAAAUCAGAGCUCUGCCGCUAUUGAGGAUUGGGAAUUGCCUCCACGUUUUGCUCGUAAACCAAUUACUCCCGAGGAAAUGGAAUACAUAAACCGUGGUGGUCCUGCUUAAUCUAUUUGAUGAAAAUUAACAUCAACAUAAAUGAAUACAAUAAUAUCGACAAAAAUAAAUUUAUAACAAAGCCUUAA